AUGCCUUUCUAUUCCAGCAGUGGGAGUAGUUAUCGACCAGCCAAAAAGUGUCAAAUGCGACAUUGUGACAGAGAGGUAGGGUACUAUGAAAGUAGCAGCAAGAAUUCAUUUUACUGCCCGAGGCAUAGCUGUCAUGCUAAUUACAAAUGCCGCACACCGUCAGAUGACGGAGAAAGGUUCUGUAAGACCCACGCAGUUUGUGCUCACUAUGGAUGUGGCAAAAGGAUAUCAGAGGAGGACAAAUCUUUCCGUUACUCAAAGGGCGGCACAGAUUCAUGGCUUUGCUCGGAGCAUCGUUGCAAGGCAGAUGACUGCUACAAACAUCGCCGCGACUCCAACACCAAAUACUGCGAUGAUCAUGCCAAGGACAACAAAUGCGAGGUUUCGGACUGCUCUUCGGAUCGAAGCUCGAAACACUACUGUGACAAACACACUUGCCAGCAUCCUGAUUGCACUCGAAAGACAUUGAAUUCGGGUCGGAGCAAAGAAAAAUGCCGUCACCAUCAGCCAAAUUCUGUGCUCACCAUGGCCAAUGCAGGAUACAUCGAUGUCAUGGUAUCGUCCGGACGGGAUCUUGGUAUUGUGCUGAGCACGAGUGCUACAUUGCAACCUGCCAUCGACCCAAAGACCUAUCUAAUGCCCCUGGCACCCGGUUCUGUCAUAGACACAGAUGUUCCGUUGCAGGUUGUACAAAUUCUCUCCUCGACUCCAAGGGUCAUCAUGUCCAGAGAUGCUCUCAACAUACCUGCGAACGACCAGGCUGUUGUGAAAAAGCCCGUACUGACGGUUCAAAAUCUCCUUUCUGUAUUUCCCACGGUUGCAUGA